GAUGGCUCGGACGGCUAUUGUGGCGAAGCCUGCGAAGACCGAAGCUGGUCAGCGGCGAGAAGGAAAUUCGGUGGCCCACAUCCCUGUGGCCACUUUCGGGCUUUGCAAUCACUCUGGGAGUGUGGAAUGACUUGGUCGUGGAGGUGGAAGACUGCUCAGGACGCCAGGAACUCAUGGAGGGCAUGCCGCGAGAGGAGGAUCGCCAAGCAGAUGGAACCGAGGUCGCCAAGGGCGCGAACUUCAGCUUAGUCUCCUGGCGAGCGAUGUCCGAUGCCUCCUGGCGCCUGAUGGCCCUCUGCUGGUUGCCCAUCCCAGUGGUGGGGCCCUUUUUCUGCAAAGCCGCAGAGUACCUGAACAGCCACACGCUCCUGGCUGUCGGACGCGAUGGCCCCGCGCUGGCUGCGAAGUUGAAGGAAGUGCCGAGCGUGUCCUUCGAGAGUGUGCACGGCCGCGAUGAGAGGAGUAGUCAGCUGCUUCCAGGAAAGAACAAUGCCAGUUCCACUUUCCAGUUCCAUUCAUAA